UUCCCUUCUAGGUAUGCAGUUGUAGGUGUGCAUCCAGGUCCAGGACGUUCUGUGAAAAUCAUAGAAAAAAUUCGCUUUGAGGACCAUGACAUCAUGCUCAUGAAGUUAGAGAACGAAGUUACUAACAUUACACCGAUAGAUCUGCCUGACAAAGCUGCAUGCGAACCCCUGAAAACGCCUGUAAUAGGUGCAGAAGUUCAAAUGGCAGGCCAUGGUGGUUAUCAAAUAGAUGCGAAUGGCCAUGCACUUCCAGGUAAAGCAACCGAUCUGAAGUGUGCGACAAUGCAUGUUUCCAACUGUAACGUUCCUGUUAUUCAGAAGUGUAAACCAAACGAGCCAGUUGUAAACUGGAUUUGUUACGCAGAACAAAAUGUCGACACGUGCGGAGGUGACUCUGGUGGUGGUUUGAUACAUAAGGACAAGCUUUACGGAGUCCAUGUUGGAAGUGGUACAUGUGUCUGUACUAUACCGGCUUUUGCCUUAAAUGUCUGUCAUUACAGAGAAUGGAUUGAAAAUAAUGCCAAGUAAAUGGAAAUAAUUAAACAUAAAUGUUAAAUAAAGAAUUUGGGAUUUCAGAUCUAGAA